GAUCUUUCAAUGAAUCCUUAUUUCAACCUCUUGUCGCUCUAUUCCUGAACAACGUUUUCCUCACGGCUCUCUUUAGACGAAUGAUCGUAUCUUUGUGAUUCUUGACAGGUUGACAGCUUCUCCGAUCACCUGACUUGAACGCGACGUCCUCGAGGUCUUUAUUUCAACAGAAUCCCAUGUCGUACAAUACCUCGAGACAAAAUGAAGGGAUCAACUUCUAUUGAGCGGCCAAUUUCAGCCCGGAAAGCGAGUCUGUCAAAUCAAACCCAAGCUCGGCACAUCAAUGCUGGUAUCCACCGGCGGAGCACUAAUGCUUGUCAACGUUGCAAACGGAGAAAGAUCAAAUGCCAUUACAACAGCGAGAAUAGCCACAGUAAAUGCGUCGCUUGUUCCAGGGCUUCUUCCGAAUGUUUGUUUGAUGCUCCUCCGGAUGGUGUUCUAAGGGGCCAUGCAUAUGUUGCGACCCUAGAAGCACGAGUACAAACCUUAGAAACGCAGUUACGAGCAAGGACUUCUCAACAGUAUAUGAAAAGAACUCAAUCAAGUCUUACUCCUGAUACGACUUGUUCUGAACAACUGGUUCAUGAAAGGGAAACACCUGCUCUAACCCACCUGGAUCAACCAAGUGGGGCGGUCAUGGACGGAUCCUGUCAAGGUGAACAGCUCUCUGGACAAGGCAAUUUGCCCCAGAACAAUGAUUCUAGAGAAACCGCAUCCAGCCAGUGUUCAAGAGAGCGGGUGCAAUUACAAGGGACACUAUUUGGGCUCCCAAAUGAGCCACAAACAUCAAUUUCUAACGUCACUAUCCUUGACAUGGUACAUGGCCGCGCAUUUGAUCCGGGUUUGGAAGGAGAGGCCCUUCCUGCCCUCCCAUCCAGCAACAGAGCUAGGACGUUACUGGGUACGGUUUAUUUAUAUACCCAAGCACGUUACUGCAUCAUCGACUGGACCCAGCUGCGUGAAUGGCACCGAGAUCGGGGUGUAAUCGCCUACAUUUCCACUGAAGGCCCAGUCAGCUCACAAAUAGGAGCCUUUUUUAUCUGGAUAGUCUAUGCUAUUGGGGCCCGCUUGGUCCCAGACCCAGAGAAUUCAACAGAGGCAUAUUUUGCUCGCGCCCGCCUUUACCUCCCGGCUGUCAUGGCUUUACAGGACAUGGUAACAGUGCAAGCUCUCCUCUCUCUAGUACAGUACUACUUCCGAGCCCCAACAGAAACUCCAAUCUGGCAUCUAGUUGGGCUUGCUCUGCGGUUGUGUAUCAAACUCAGAUAUCACCGCAAGGUUACGAGCUCUCCAGUGGCGCCAAAUUUAGAUCCGUACACUAUCGAACUUCGAAAACGAUUUUUUUGGUGUGCAUAUUGUUUUGAUCGAUCUUUCUCUAUCUUGUCCAAACUUCCGUUUGGAAUUAGUGACUCAGACAUCGAUGUUGAGACGCCCAUUGACAUCGACGACGCCUGUAAGGAUCAACAGAAGAUUCGAGAGCUUCAAUUGAGGCAGGCAGCUGGAGGCCCUAGUCAUGAAGAUGGAAUAAUCACGACGAUGACCGCUGCUUUACACCAUUUACAGGUAUACCGUAUCAGGUCGAAGAUACUAACGAAUUUCACGGGGCCGCACGCCCAAACUCCCUCAUUGAGCGAUGUUGAAAGACUUCUCUCUGAGCUAGAUCAAUGGAAACAGCAAGCACCACGGAAACAAGAUUCGAGAUGCUUCCCUCAACAAAACCCUGACCGGGUACAAGCAACAUACUUACAGGCUGUUCUGCUCUUGAUUCGCCCUAUCUUGAUGGGAAAUGUAAUUGAUUCCGAUUUAAUACGCUUGUGUGUUGAGUUCGCGGCCGACGCAUGCCAAAGUGCAAAGGUACUGAGCCUAAACCCUCAGAUACCCCCAGACCGUAUCACAGUGUACCAUUGCUUUUAUUGUGGUAUUACUCUAUUACAGUGUCUAGCAAUAAAGCCGACGGCUUUGACACCUAGGUGCGCUCACCAGGCUAUCAGUGCCUGUUUAAGUGCAUUGGCCGUAUACACACGGGUACUGCCUGCUGUUGCACCGUUCCUGCGGCUGUUUGAGGAUCUUUCCAAUCUUUUGGUCUGCGAUGACCACGGAUCCGAAAUUCACCCUAGCCCGGAAGUACGCAAUGUUUUAAAUAGGAUCGUUUCCAGUGAUCCAUCAGAGACACCAGGGAUUUUACAUUUAUUGUCCAGCCAAGAGACCCAACAAGCCACGUUCGGCUCGACACCACGGACCCUGGAAAUGGAAUCAAUGGCAAACCAAUACGAUUCUAUUUUGGGUGGCCAGUCUUCUGUAGUACUUGAUACCGAGUUUCCAUUUGAGAUGCCUUUGGAUCUCUCUCCCCUUUAUGCACCCGACGCAGAAAUAACAGACCUAUGGACUGAGCCAUGGCUGAAUCCAUCAUCUGCAGACUUUUCUUAACUGUCUACUCCAAAUCCAAUGUAAUUAUUUGUGAGUAUUUUCACAGGAAAUACAGAGUGUUUGAAGCCCAAAAACGGUCACAAUAUGUACAAGGCAGGUUGGAAAGAGCAAAAAUGACAAUGCUGAAUUGGGGCGGGCUCGGAUCAUGGAUAGGAGGACUAUCCGGAUAUUGUUUAUUUUAUUUUAUUUUGCAAACAAGCAACAAGCAGUGAAAUAUUAUUAUCUGCAUGGGCGGCCAACUC